AUGAGUGAAGACGGCUUAAUUUUUAGGAACAAAGCUCGUCUCGUUGCUAAAGGCUACUGCCAAGAAGAAGGUAUUGAUUUUGAUGAAACCUUCGCUCAUGUGGCAAGGUUUGAAGCAAUAAGAAUAUUUCUAGCCUACGCAGCACACAAGAAUUUCAAAGUAUAUCAAAUGGAUGUGAAAAGUGCUUUCCUGAAUGGUCUUUUGGAAAAAGAAGUAUAUAUUGAACAACUACCAGGUUUCGCUAUCGAGUGUGAGAAUAAAAAGGUAUAUCAUCUACAGAAAGCUCUAUAUGGCCUUAAACAAGCUCCAAGGAUUCCUAUGAGCACAUCUCUUAGAAUGGACAUUGAUAACGAAGGAAAAGAUGUGGAUCAAAAGAACUUUCGUGGUAUUAUUGGAUCCCUUCUAUAUCUAACAGCAAGCAGACCUGACAUUUCGUUUGCUGUUGGGGUAUGGCAAACAACAAAGGAAAGGAGAAAACAGUCAAACUGGAAAAGCAGGAUGAUCCAGAUAUGCUAUGCAAUGCAAGGAUUAGAAAACCGAGACUACCCUAGUGAAGAUCUGGACGAAAUCUCUCAAGCUAGGGGGAAGUUCUAUCUAAAAGAAGCCGAAAAACAUGCGAAGGAACGCAUCAUGCGUCUAUCUCGGAAAGGAAGCAAUGAUCCAGCUUCCUGUGUGGACCAUGCUGAACUUCAAAUCAUGAAGUCUCGUGUUGAUCUCUCGGUCAAACCUACUCUCCUCACAUGUGAGUUGGCUGAGUAUUCACUCGGGGAGAUCGUCAAACGCAAGGAGAAAUUGGACUAA